AAAAAAAGCCUAGCCAGUUAUGACCCAAACUGUUAACAGCAAAGAUUAACUCACUACGCAUAACUAAUAUUAUUAUGAUAUACCUUUAUUAUCACUACGGAUAAUUAAUAAUAAUAUUAUAAUAUAGCUAUGUUAGCAGCAAGGACUAACUCACUACGGAUAAUUAAUAACAAAAUUGUUAUGAUACAUUCGUGUCUUUUUAGUGAAACUAAGUCAAUAAAAUGAAGAAUCCAUUUGCAAGACGAUUUUUUUUAACUACGUUACUCUUGGUCAUGCGGACAGCAGUAAUAAAUGCAGAAAUCAAUACCACUCUAGUCAUUGAUACAGGGGAAAGUAAAACCAACUUGCUAUCCACCUCAAAUUCUAUUUCAGACAUUCAAACUACACCAACAAUUAAAAAAACUGAUACCCUAUUAACAAUAGAAACUACACUAACUACACAACCUACAUCAACUUUACUAGCUAUACAACCUACAACAACUUUACUAACUACACAACCUACUACAACAUUACUUAAUACACAACCUACAACAACUUUAUUAACUAUACAACCCACAACAACUUCACAACCUACAACAAGUUUACUAGCUACACAACCUACAACAACUUUACAACCUACAACAACUUUAUUAACUACACAUCCUACAAUAACUUUACAACCUACAAUAACUUUACUAACUACACAACCUACAACAACUUUACUAGCUACACAACUUACAACAACUUUACUAACUACACAACCUACAACAACUUUACAACCUACAACAACAUUACUAACUACACAACCUACAACAACCUUACUAACUACAACAACUGUACUAACUACACAACCUACAACAACUUUACAACCUACAACAACUGUACUAACUACACAACCUACAACAACUUUACAACCUACAACAACUUUACUAGCUACACAACCUACGACAGCUUUACAACAUACAACUACUUUACUAACUACACAACCUACAACAACUUUACUAACUACACAACCUACAACAACUUUACUAACUACACAACCUACAACAACUUUACAACCUACAACUACUUUACUAGCUACACAACCUACGACAACUUUACAACCUACAACUACUUUACUAGCUACACAACCUACAACAACCUUACAACCAACAACAACUUUACUAGCUACACAACCUACAACAACUUUACAACCAACAACAACUUUACAAGCUACACAACCUACAACAACUUUACAACCAACAACAACUUUACUAACUACACAACCUACAACAACUUUACAACCUACAACUACUUUGCUAGCUACACAACAUACGACAACUUUACAACCUACAACUACUUUACUAACUACACAACCUACAACAACUUUACAACCAACAACAACUUUACUAGCUACACAACCUACAACAACUUUACAACCAACAACAACUUUACAAGCUACACAACCUACAACAACUUUACAACCAACAACAACUUUACUAACUACACAACCUACAACAACUUUACAACCAACAACAACUUUACUAGCUACACAUCCUACAACAACCUUACAACCUACAACUACUUUACUAGCUACACAACCUACGACAACUUUACAACCUACAACUACUUUAAUAACUACACAACCUACAACAACUUUACUAACUACACAACCUACAACAAUUUUACUAACUACACAACCUACAACAACUUUACAACCUACAACUACUUUACUAGCUUCACAACCUACGACAACUUUACAACCUACAACUACUUUACUAGCUACACAACCUACAACAACUUUACAACCAACAACAACUUUACUAGCUACACAACCUACGACAACUUUACAACCAACAACAACUUUACUAGCUACACAACCUACAACAACUUUACAACCAACAACAACUUUACUAGCUACACAACCUACAACAACUUUACAACCAACAACAACUUUACUAGCUACACAACCUACGACAACUUUACAACCUACAACUACUUUACUAGCUACACAAGCUACGACAUUUUUACAACCUACAACUACUUUAAUAACUACACAACCUACAACAACUUUACUAACUACACAACCUACAACAAUUUUACUAACUACACAACCUACAACAACUUUACUAACUACACAACCUACAACAAUUUUACUAACUACACAACCUACAACAACUUUACAACCAACAACAACUUUACUAGCUACACAACCUACGACAACUUUACAACCUACAACUACUUUACUAACUACACAACUUACAACAACUGUACAACCUACAACAACUUUACUAACUACACAAUCUUCAACAACUUUACAACCUACAGCAACUUUACUAACUACACAGCCAACAACAGCUUUACCAACUACACAACCUCCAUUAACUAUACAAACUACGCAAUCUACACCGACCAUAACUAUAAUUAAACUACCAAAUACAACAACAUCCUUAUCUAGUACAUUAAUAGCAUCAACUGGAUUACCUGCAAUGGAUAUCACUACGUCGUCUACAGUGGCUACUUCAAAACUAAGCACAUCGAUUUUACCGAUAGCCACAACAACAAUACAAGUUAAAGAGGAUAGUACAAAGGAAAUAAAUUUCGCAACCAGUACGAUUGAGACAAACUUUACUAUCAAAUUUAAUCAAAAUUUUACUAAAGAGUUGAGCGAUAAAACCUCCGAGGAAUUUAAAAGAACUGCUGCUAACUAUAGUAACCUGCUACGAGAACCAUUCAGUCAUUUGCCCAAUUUUGAUCACAUAGAGAUCGUUCAGUUCACGCCUGGAAGCAUCAAUGUGGAGUCCCAAGUAAAAAUGCAUGUGUUCAACUCUACAAAGAUAAUUAACGAAUCUCAAAUUAAGGCGAGCCUUGAAGAUAUCAAGAACAAGAUUAUGAUACUGCCCGGUGUAAACAAGACUUAUUUACGGGACCACUUCGACGACCAGAUAAAAGCAGCUGUACAUGUCGUAAGUCGAGUGGUAAGUAAUCCGUGCCUGGCUACAAAUAUAUGUUCAACCUAUUCCACAUGUGACCAGACUGAAGAUGGAAGUACUCACUGCAGACCUAAAGUUAAAAAUGAAGGCCUUCUCACUUCUGAUGAGAUCAUUGGAAUAGCUGUUGGUGCCAGUGUAGGCGUUAUUCUUACAGGGGCCAUAAUCGUGCUGCUUGUAAUACGGUUUAAAAAAAGACGUUUCGAAAAAUCCAAUUCAAGUGAAACAGACAGUGAAGAGCCUGGUGAAUCUCUGAGCGGAAGGAUACUGGCCACUGAAUCAACAGUUUUGUCCAUCCCUCGACCUAAGCUCAUCAACUCAAGCAGAGCUCAUCCUAAUGACCUUGAUGCUAGAAACAGCUACCCCUUAGAGCAGAUCAGCGGCCAACAACAAGUACGCAAAAACUGGAGGCGGAAAUCUUCGUCUUGGGACAUCGGUCACUUCCUGCCAGUAGACGAGAAAGGAACACGCCAGGUUCCGUUGGCUUUUAGCGGAGGGUCAAGUUGGACUAAGGAUCGUGCAACUUAAUCAUAAUAAUCAUAAUAAUCUCAUUUAUAGAGCGCUGUUAACAAGCAUGAUAUCGGCUCAAGGCACUGUGAUAACAUGACAAACAUAAACAGGAGAGCUACAAUAACAAACUAAUCUAAACAAGUUUUAAACCGAUAGGUCUUAAUGUUCUUUUUGCAUGUAUUGUAGCAUGUUGUCUGUCUGAGAUCAAUGUGGAGUGAGUUCCAAAGUUUCGUCCGUGUACUGAAAUAGCCCGCAGGCCGUAGCUUUUGGCGGAGAAACGUGGCAUCACUAGAAGCGUUGAGUCCAUAGAGUGCAGUGUUCUCUGGGGGACAUAUGGAGUGAUCAGUUCACUAAAGUACAAGGGCAUUUCUUAAUUGUAGAUGCACUGAUGACUGAUGGUGUUUAAAAAAAACUUAAGCUCUCGUCUUUAAAAAUGACUUCAAUCCCUUAACGCGUUACAGAGUUAUGUAUCAGUGAAAUGCCCCCGGUCACAUGAUUGCUCAGACUAGAAAUGAUGGAAUCAAAACCUCCAAAACAAUGACGCUCUGAGUCCGUUUGUUAGAUCUAAUUUUAUAUCUGUUAUCAUAGUGCCUGCCUAACUGUACAUGAUUUCAUUUUCACAAAUAUUUUUUUCUAAAUACUCAUGGCCGCUGCGACCUAAUGCACCUUGGGCCCAAUUUGGGAAACGGCCAAAUAGUUAUUUCCAAUCAUUAUUUUAAUUUUAAAAAUGGCUUAAUCAGGAGUUAGAGAUUCCUAUAUUGCCGUCUGUAAAAUUGUGCUGAUAUAUGUAUAGGAUAUAAAAAUGAAAACAUGUUUGGUGGUGAGUAUUAUGACUAAAGUGUUAAUAGCCUAUAAAACAAUUUUAAAAUCUUUUUUUCUUAAAUACCAUACUUGAUACAACAAUAAAUGCAUUAAGCGUAAAGUUUGCGUAAUAAAAUAUUUACUAUGAAGAAUGGUUGAAACCUUGUUCCAAUUUGCUGUCUAAACUAACUGAUUCUACGGAAGAAACACUCUGAUAUAAAUGGAAAUCAACUUUUUGAAGAAUCUAGAACAGCGGAAAGCUAUUUGAGAACUUAAAUGGGUCCUGUUGAGGUAAUUGAAUAUAUAUUUGUAGAAAUUAUUUGUUAGGAUGUGUGGUCGAAAGGCUAAGUACUCUUGAACCGGCUUGGCUUGGCUACCUAUGAAGGGGUCUCGAGGUUCGACAGUGUUGUGUUAUCUGAGCCAGUCUGAGCACGGAAGAACCUACUCCCACAUACUCCUACUGGUCCACAAAUGAGAUUUGGGCCAUAGCGCUCUAAGCAUGAAAGUAGCGCCAUAUAAAAACUAUAAAGUGAAGUAAGUUGUUGAAAUCGACUAACUGUACUGAUCAACGAACAACCAAUUUUAAAAUUGAAACUUUUUUUUUUAUUUUUCAAUUAUUUAAGAGCAACGAUAUUGCAAAGAGACAAUAAGCACAUUUUAUUUUUAAUUGCUAAUAACUAAUGUGCGUCACUCAUAGCAGGGAAGAAGAUUUUUUUUUAAUUUCAAUAAAAGAAUAAAAUAUUUCGUUGUUUUAUUUAUUAUGAAAAUGUGUUGAUGUUUUUUUUCAAUUAGAAAUAUUUAUAAAGGCAGUGUAUUCGAUUCCGAUGAUUAAGGUCAAAAUGGAUGCUUAAGGAAUUGGUCUUCGGAAAGCAAACCUUUUUAUUUCAUGCCUACUAAAUUCACAUGGAUAUCAGUGUGUGUGUUUCGAAUUUAACCAUGUAAAAAGUAGGGCGGAUGUGUUGGUUUUGUAGAGUUUCUGAUGUAACUUUUUAUUUCAUGCCUACUAAAUUCACAUGGAUAUCAGUGUGUGUGUUUCGAAUUUAACCAUGUAAAAAGUAGGGCGGAUGUGUUGGUUUUGUAGAGUUUCUGAUGUAACCACGCGUAGGUUUGGCGUAGUAGGUGACCGUGUGGCAAGCCACCCAGCAGAGAACGUGUGUAUUUGGUGAGUGAAAUUAUCAACUUAAAAUUGGUUUUGCAUAAAUGUAAAUUUAUAAAUAAAAGUUAUAUUCAAGGUU